UCCUCCCCGAGUUCUCGCCGACGCCGAGGCGCGCGGGGCCUGGAACACACUGCACGAGCCGCCCCCGCCCCUCCCUCCUUACGCCCACGCGGAGCUGGCCCCGCGCGCGCGCCUCGUGCACCCCCGCGCCUGCGCGCUGCCCAGACCCUGCCCGUGUUUGGGGGCGCCGCCGACCCCGGGGGGGGUGGGGGAAAUAGGGGGGGAAAAAACAGCGCGCGGAACCGGGCCAGGGUUGCCCACCCCCGCCACAAUGGCCUCUGGGGUGGAAGUCCUGCGCUUCCAGCUGCCCGGCCACGAGGCCGCUACUCUGCGGAACAUGAACCAGCUCCGCGCAGAGGAGCGGUUUUGCGACGUGACCAUUGUGGCCGACAGCCUCAAGUUCCGUGGCCACAAGGUCAUCCUGGCCGCCUGCUCGCCUUUCCUGAGGGACCAGUUCCUGCUGAACCCCAGUUCUGAGCUGCAGGUCUCCCUGAUGCACAGUGCGCGCAUCGUGGCCGACCUGCUCCUCUCCUGCUACACGGGCGCUCUGGAAUUCGCUGUCAGGGACAUCGUCAACUACCUGACGGCUGCCUCCUACCUGCAGAUGGAGCACGUGGUGGAGAAAUGCAGGAACGCCCUCAGCCAGUUCAUUGAGCCCAAAAUAGGCCUCAAAGAGGAUGGGGUCAGCGAUGCCAGCCUUGUGAGCAGUGUCAGUGCCACCAAAUCCCUCCUCCCUCCUGCCAGGACCCCAAAGCCAGCCCCCAAACCCCCACCCCCACCCCCUCUGCCCCCUCCACUCCUACGGCCUGUGAAACUGGAGUUUCCCCUGGACGAGGACCUGGAGCUGAAGGCCGAGGAAGAAGACGAGGACGAGGACGAGGACGUGUCCGACAUCUGCAUCGUCAAGGUGGAGUCGGCCCUGGAGGUGGCACACCGGCUCAAACCUCCCGGAGGUUUGGGAGGGGGUCUGAGCAUCGGAGGUUCCGUGGGCAGCCACCUGGGAGAGCUGGCUCAGAGCAGCGUGCCCCCCAGCACUGUGGCCCCACCGCAGGGUGUAGUGAAAGCCUGCUAUAGCCUGUCCGAGGAUGCAGAAGGGGAGGGCUUGCUGUUGAUCCCUGGAGGCCGGGCCAGCGUGGGGGCCACCUCGGGCCUGGUGGAGGCAGCAGCGGUGGCCAUGGCUGCCCGGGGGGCGGGGGGCAGCCUGGGGGCAGGGGGCAGCCGGGGACCCCUGCCUGGGGGCUUUUCCAGUGGAAACCCCCUAAAGAACAUCAAGUGCACCAAGUGCCCGGAAGUGUUCCAGGGCGUGGAGAAGCUGGUCUUCCACAUGCGGGCGCAGCACUUCAUCUUCAUGUGCCCACGCUGCGGCAAGCAGUUCAACCACAGCAGCAACCUCAACCGCCACAUGAACGUGCACCGCGGCGUCAAGUCGCACUCCUGUGGCAUCUGCGGCAAGUGCUUCACGCAGAAGUCCACGCUGCACGACCACCUCAACCUCCACUCCGGAGCGAGGCCCUAUCGCUGCUCCUACUGCGACGUGCGCUUCGCUCACAAGCCCGCCAUUAGGCGGCACCUCAAGGAGCAGCAUGGCAAGACAACGGCAGAGAACGUGCUGGAAGCCAGCGUGGCCGAGAUCAACGUCCUCAUCCGCUAGCGGGGCGGGCUCAGAAGCCAGGAGGCAGGGGUCCCUGGGCUGAGUGGGAAGGGAGCUCCCUGGCCCAGGAGAACAGGGGGGUGGGAGGGUCGGGAACAGGCAGGUACGGUUGGGGGAACCUGAGCAGACACAUCCUGAGGGAGGGGCUGAAGAUUCCCUGGAGAGAAGACCCCUGUCUUUUCAGAAGAAAAAAAAAGAGAGAGAGGGAGAGGGUUCUUUGAGAAGGCCAAGGGGAUAUGGGCUCCCAGAGAAAAAUUUUCUUCUCUUAGAGGUGCAUGGAUAUGUGGAGGGAGGGAAAGGGUCUUAUAGAUUGAGAAGAAAAAAAGA